AUGGCAACUCCAGAAUCAGAAGUUUUGGCUGGCCACGGUCCAGAACGGGAACAAAAAGAAACUUCACCAAAGACAAUACCGUCACAGUCUGCGAGGGAGCUCGGUGAGGGAGCUUCCGCUCCGAGUAAUGCUGCACCCGAGGCUCCACCUGAAGAGAUGGCCAUUGCCAACGCAACCGGUGAGGAGAUAUCCCGCUUACUCGAGUAUGGAGACUAUGGCCAAGGUAUGGCUGACCCGAGUACUUUCUUCCUGACGAACCCAGAUGAUUGGAAUAUUAUCGAGGAGUUGGACUUCGACUUCGGCUUCAUUGGCGCAGAUCUCGAGCUGCAGGACUCUUUGACCAGGCCCAGCCCAUAUUUGCACGCUUCAAACCAAACCAAUCAGCUGGAUCUCAAUGCUAGCUCGAAAGCCCCGAAUGAAGAGAAUACAGAUGAUCUGGAUCAAUCGCCAUUGUCUAAUUGGACCCCAUGUGCAGAUGAUAAUGCCUAUAUGGAUCAACAAUAUCUGUCCAUACCUGCACAUCUUGACACUCCGAUAUCCCCACAUGUUGUGAGAGAUCGCAGCUUUACAGAACGCCUGUCGAAAGAGAGCCGAGAUGCAGUAUUCGCCGUUGUUGUCGCGACUUGCCAGGGAAAGGGCCCACCUCGUAUCAUGAAAUGCUUCCCGGGUGCAGAGCUCUUGGAUAGUCUGAUUCAAGACUGUUUCAAGCAUCAGAGAUCUGAAGUUGACGCUUUUAUCCAUGAUUCGACCAUGCAGCUUAAUCAAGAAAGUCCAGAGAUGAUUUUGACGCUUGCUGCUGCAGGGGCAGUUCUGUCUAGCGCGGAACCAAUCCAGAAGCUGGGCUAUGCUCUCAUGGACAUCGCCCGACUUCUAGUGAACAGCAAGUAUGAAGAUAACAAUGUCUUAACUCGAGAUUUAAAGCAACAACAACAAUAUAUCCUGAUCCUUCAGAUCGGGCUUUGGAGUGGUGACAAGCGUCGUGUCGAAAUCGCUGAGAGCUUUGCGCAGCCAAUUGUGACCAUGCUACGGCGAGGCUCGCGGUUUAAACAUGAAGCAUAUCCUACCAUCACCCCCGAUGCGGCAGAUGAUGACAAUAUUAUCAAUCGGAAAUGGCAUGAAUGGGUGGAGCAUGAAUCAUUUAAGAGACUCGUCUAUCAUGUUUUUCAUCACGAUGUUCAAGCAUCUCUUCUGCGAUCAACUAACCCACUAAUUUCAUAUUCGGAGCUGGAUUUGCCCAUCCCCUUUUCGAGGAAACUUUGGGCUGCAAAAACGGCUACAGAAUGGAAAUCCAUUUAUCUUCACCAAAUACCCACAGCGUCCGUUCCUAUACCUUCUUUGGUCACCACUACACAGGAUCUAUCCAUCUUGAGCCGGUUCCCCGUUCAAGGAGACUGCCAGUUAGCCGCAUUAUCAACAGUUCACGCAAUAUCGACGAUGAUAACAGACUGCAACCAACCACUUCGCGGACCAUCUGGCCAAUGGCGUGAGGUAGUAAUGAAGAUCUGGCAACAAGAGCUGCAAAAAGUUCUUGAAGAGUUCGAUAUCUUUGCGGUGGAACCUUUACAGGAAAAGACCCCGGCCAUUGCACUCAUCUACCGGAUGGUUUCCUUGUCAUUGUACAUGCCACCUGAAGCUACUAAGAUCUUUGCUGGAAGGGAUGGUCAGAAACGGUCUACCGAUACAUAUCAGUCCGUUCUUCAACAUAUCAGCCCUGCGAAUCUGCGAAGGGCAGGCUGGCAUGCCGGCCAGGUUCUACGCAUUGCGAGAUCUAUGCCGACUUCUUCAUUUUCUACAUUUUGUACUACCUGCCUAUACCUCGCUGCACUGACAUCAUGGACCCUAAGCACUUUGCUUUCGACAAGGUACUUGGUUCAAGACGUGGGACUCAAUCAAACUGAAACGGUUUUCUUAUUGGAUGUCGAGCCUGGCGAAUCUGAUGGCGCUGCGCUACAAAGAUUCAUUAUUUCCGGUCAAGGUUUGCCCACUUUCACAAGCCUUAGCAAAAACGUGCCUUUGAAUGAUCGAGCAGGGGUGAUGCGUGUCUUCCAAGAAGUGCUUGAGUCGAAACACCGCGGGGGCUGCUCUCAUCAACAAAUGAGGGCCUUGCAUCACAUUUUGGCUGUAUUGGGUGGUCAGAAGAGGCGGAGGCCCCUCAGUGUAGGGGGUGUACCGUAA